GUUUGCUUUGUCUUUGCUGCUUCUUAGGAGGAUGUUGCGGUUCGCGCUCCAAGAAAACCCGGGUCGGGGGAUGGGCCUGGGCCUGGUGGUUGGUCACGGAUGUCCAAAGGCUAUCCUUGGAGGUCAUGACUCUGAAUCCUGUGUGCGAAAGCGUCGAGACGGCUCAGGGUGUGCCUUUGACCGUGACUGGUGUCGCCCAAGUGAAAAUCAUGAAGAACGACGAGCUUCUCCAAACGGCCUCGGAACAGUUCUUAGGCAAGAAGGAGCACGAAAUCAAAAGUACCGUGCUUCAAACCCUCGAGGGUCAUCUCAGAGCCAUUUUAGGCACCCUCACCGUGGAAGAAGUGUACAAAGAUCGGGACCAAUUCGCUUCCCUGGUACGCGAAGUGGCAGCUCCGGAUGUGGGUCGAAUGGGCAUUGAGAUCCUAUCCUUUACAAUCAAAGAUGUGUACGACAAUGUCACAUAUUUGGCCUCACUAGGCAAAGCCCAAACUGCCGCUGUUAAAAGAGACGCUGAAAUUGGAGUGGCUCAGGCCAACCGAGACGCCGGAAUUCGUGAAGCUGAAUGCGAAAAGGCUGCUAUGGACGUUAAGUACAAUACUGACACCAAAAUUGAGGACAAUUCUAGAGCGUUCAAGUUGCAAAAGGCUAACUUUGACAAAGAAGUGAACACCGCCAAAGCCGAAGCUCAAUUGGCCUACGAGCUCCAAGCUGCCAAAAUUCAACAGCGUAUCAGAAAUGAAGAAAUUCAAAUUCUAGUGGUUGAAAGAAGGAAGCAGAUCGAAAUCGAAGAGCAAGAGAUUCGACGAAAAGAAAAGGAGUUGAUGUCCACUGUCAAAUUACCCGCAGAAGCCGAGGCCUACAAAGUUCAAACCAUUGCCGAAGGAAAGAGAACGCAAACGGUGGAGUCUGCUCGGGCCGAGGCUGAGAGGGUCAGGUUGACCGGCGCCGCAGAAGCUAGAGCCAUUGAAGCUGUUGGACGGGCGGAAGCUGAGAAGAUGAGAAUGAAGGCUUCCGCCUAUAAGCAAUAUGGCGAUGCGGCGGUCAUGGCGUUGGUCUUGGAAGCCUUGCCUCAAAUCGCUGCCGAAGUGGCUGCACCUUUGGCCAAAACGGAUGAAAUUGUUCUUUUGGGUGGAGCAGAUCGAACCACAACUGAAGUGAACAAACUCCUCGGACAAUUACCGCCCGCCAUUCAAGCCUUAACUGGAGUGGAUCUUACUGGAGCUCUUGGCAAAAUCCCUGGUGCCACCACCGUUAAAGCUUAACUCACUGCAUUUCGCUCUCAAAAGUUUUGUUUCGAAGGCUCUUCGAAACAAAAAUCGCAAAAAGUUAUUGCAAUGGUGAGGCCUAACAGACUCAAAGCGGAUGGUUUCUAAAUCCUUCGAUUAUUUCACUUUUCUAGUCUCCAUGCAACCCCAUGUAACUCGAAGCAAAUUCAAUUGAAACUGGAUAAAGGCCAUAAUGGCCGGCGAGUUUCCAUAUGUUUACAUUCACUAUCGAAUCUAUACUUACGAAGCCGUCUCACUCAAUUUUGUAGCCGUAUUGUGCAAUUUUAUGUUAAUAAAAGAAGUCCUAAACUUGUCCCCCCCCCAAAAAAAAAAGAAAUAAAACUUCAAAAUCAAGAGCAAUUUUA